UUUCACACGGACGGAAGUAGUGGUGCACACUACAACACAAACAGUGGAUGGCGAGUGAAACAUUGAAUGCGGGAGCACGCUGGAGGGUACUUUAAGUCCACUGCAUUAUUGUGAGUCUAUAUAAGCAGCGAGCCAUGCCUACCGUGGUCUUAAUGGACGUGUCACUGUCCAUGACACGGCCAGUGUCACUGGAUGGCAGCGAGGAGUUUCAGAGGAAGAACCUGGCUGUCCACGGACUCAACAUGUUGUUUGAACACAUGGCCUCAAACUACCGCUUGGAGUUCACGGCUCUCAUGGCCUUUUCUUCCCUCUGGGAGCUCUUGGUGCCUUUCACCAGAGAUUACAAUGCAUUACAGGAGGCUCUGAGCAGCCUGGAAGACUAUGACAAGACCUGUGUGGAGUCGGCUCUUAAUGGAGUUAGUAACGUUGUACAACAGGAGUGGGGCAGUGCCUGUCCCUGUCAGGUGAUGCUAGUUACUGAUGGAUCUCUGGGUAUUGGGAAGGGUUCUCUACGCCACUCUCUCCAAACACUGAAGCAGCGUGGGGAUGACAAGAAGUUCCCACUCCCUUUCCCUUUCCCUACCAAACUGUACAUCAUGUGUAUAGCCAAUGCGGAGGAGUUACAGAUGACAGAUGCCAUGGACAACUUGGAGGAACUACUUCGUCUCAGUGGAGGGGACGGACAGAUCUUCACUAUGGAGGGACCACUUUGCAUGAAGAGUGUACAGGCAAUGUUUGGGAGGCUGAUUGAUUACGCAUACUCUCCUUUCCAUGCGGUCCUACACUGUGGGAACCUGUCCUCAGACGUUCAGGUGUUCCCUCGACCUGAGCCUAUCGUGGUGGAUGAAGAAGUGGAGCCCAUGCCACGAACAGUCAAUACAGAUUUGGAAAUUGUGGGCUUCAUUGAAAUCGCUGAUAUUUCCAGUCCUCCUGUGAUAUCCAGACACUUGGUACUGCCUAUUGCUGUAAACAAAGAGGUGGAUGAAGUUGGCACAGGAGCCACAGAUGAGCUUGAGGAGGAACCCUCUGCCAGUCAGAUGGCAGGCAAAAGUCCAAAUUUUUGUGUGCUUUUACAUGGCAGUCUGAAAGUUGAAGGAAUGGUGGCACUGGUCCAGCUAGGGCCAGAGUGGUACGGCAUGCUGUACUCCCAAGCAGACAGUAAGAAGAAAUCAAAUCUGAUGAUGUCUCUGUUUGAGCCUGGUUCAGAGCCUCUGCCUUGGCUGGGCAAGAUCUCACAUUUGGGACCAAUCUCAGAGGCUGCAGAGAAUCCCUAUGGAGAGGAUGACAGUAAGAGUCCUUUUCCCGUGCAGCCACAGGUCAAACGAAGCUAUGCCCAGAAUGUGACUGUGUGGAUAAAGGCCAGUGGACUACAGACUGAUGUUCAGAAGAUUCUCAGGAAUGCAAGAAAAUUACCAGAUAAAACUCAAACCUUCUAUAAGGAGCUCAACCGUCUGCGCAAGGCUGCCUUGGCUUUCGGUUUCUGGGAGCUCCUGAAAGGAGUGGCCGAUCUGCUGGAGAGAGAGUGCACUUUGUUGCCGGACUCGGCCCAUCCUGAUGCUGCGUUCCAGCUCUCCCAUGCCGCACAGCAGCUCAAACUGGCCAGCACUGGUGAUUCCCAGUAUGCUGCUUUUGAUCACAACAUUGCCCCCAUGCACACUGAGUUCUCAAGCUGAGCCACAUCUGAAUUGGUAAAAAUGGACUAAAAUAUUGCAGCUUCAGCCUGUGCGGACCAAUGUGAAGAAAGCACCUAGUGUGUGCUGGAUGUUGUUUGAAGAAUUCGUCAAAGGGUCAGCUUCAAGUUUAUGGAAAUGAGUCGCGAUGGAUAACUUAAAACUCCUCUGUGACACUGCCUAAACAUGGCAAAACAUACACGAUGAGGUAUUUGUAAAAUGUUUGUGUGUACAUAUUUUUUUUUACAUGUUACUUUGUAGGAUCUUUUUACACAAAUUGACCAGAUGUAGAUUCCAUUUUUAUUCAAUGUCAAAUAACUGCCAAAUUUACAGGAAACCUGGGAAAUGACUGUUUGCUUUCAAAAUUUAGGUUACAAAAUAAUAAAACAGCAGUGUGAGGAAGGGAUACAAACAAAACUUCUUCACAGCAGUUUAUUGUUGAGCAGGAGGGACAGAAAACACUCUUUGUAUUUAAGCAGUCACAAGUACAAUUUUCCCUGAGGUUUGUGGGACGGUUUAGAAACGUGGAAUAAUAACAAAUACAAUAUUUGUUGAGAAU